GUUCCCCAAAUCAGACCCCCCCCCCCUCCCAAGGACUCCCCAUCUCAUCCGUUCAGAGCUGCAGCGGCGACAUGGGCGGUGGCGGCGCAGCCGGGGAUGGCGAUGGGUGGGCGGAUCAGGACCAGGGCAACGGCGGGAGCCGCGGCGGGGGUGAGGCCAAGCGGUCGGAGAUCUAUACCUACGAGGCCGGGUGGCACAUCUACGGUAUGAACUGGAGCGUGCGGCGGGACAAGAAGUACCGACUCGCCAUCGCAAGUCUUCUCGAGCAGCUCGUCAAUCGCGUGGAGGUGGUCCAGCUCGACGAGUCCACAGGUGACAUCGCCCCCGUGCUCUCCUUCGACCACCCUUUCCCUCCCACCAAGUCCAUGUUCGUUCCGGACCCCCAAGGCCUCCGCCCCGAUCUGCUUGCCACCUCUGCAGACCUCCUUCGCAUAUGGCGCAUCACGGACGACGACGCCGCUGCCCCGGGCGCCGCCGACUCCAACAAUGGUUCCGUCCGCUGCAACGGCGUGGGGGGCCCCGCUGGUCAGCAGCCGGGCGUCAAGCUGUGCUGCGAGCUCAACGGCAACCGCAACAGCGACUUCUGCGGCCCGCUCACCUCCUUUGACUGGAACGACGCCGACCCACGCCGCAUCGGAACAUCAUCCAUCGAUACCACUUGCACCAUCUGGGACGUUGAACGUGAGGUAGUCGACACCCAGCUCAUAGCCCAUGACAAGGAGGUCUAUGACAUAGCCUGGGGUGGCGCUGGUGUCUUUGCAUCUGUUUCUGCGGAUGGCUCGGUCCGCGUGUUUGAUCUUCGGGAUAAGGAGCAUUCCACAAUCAUCUAUGAGAGUAGUUCUGGCGGCGGCUCCAAUUCUGCUGCUACGGAUGGUGGGGCUGUGUCGCCGACACCAUUGGUUAGGCUGGGGUGGAACAAGCAGGACCCAAGGUAUAUGGCAACAAUCAUCAUGGAUAGCCCCAAGGUGGUCGUGCUUGACAUUCGCUACCCAACACUGCCUGUCGUUGAACUCCACCGCCAUCAUGCUCCUGUCAAUGCAAUGGCAUGGGCGCCUCACUCUUCUUGCCACAUUUGCACAGCUGGGGAUGACUCGCAAGCACUAAUAUGGGACCUCUCCUCCAUGGGCACGGGGAACAAUAGCGGAGGCAAUGGGAAUGGCAAUGCUGCAGCAGCUGCAGCAGCAGAGGGUGGUCUUGACCCUAUAUUGGCUUACACUGCAGGGGCGGAGGUGGAGCAGCUGCAGUGGUCAGCUACCCAGCCUGACUGGGUUGCCAUUGUGUUCGCCAAUAAACUGCAGAUUCUCAGGGUCUGAUUUCUUCAUUCUAGCUUUAUCAGUGGUGGGGCAGAAAGAGGCAAAGAAGCCCAUCAUGGAUGAUGAGAGUUCAGGCAAUGGGAGGAUGGUAAUUUUGCUUUUGCUUCAGUGAUGUAUGUUGCCCACAGCUGAUAUGUGUGCUGAGUUGCUGACAGAAAUGAUGGUUCACUAGGUAGAAGCUGGAAUUGACAAUGAACUGAGUUAUUAAGAGUAAUUAGACUUAUAGGAUUAGUGCUGGUGAUACUGAACUAAAUUGCUGUUAUUUAAAUUGCUCGACUCUAGUACUGCUGUUAACUUGCUUAUUGCUGCAAUUGUCACAAUUUUCUGUGUGUGCUUCUGUUGUUUCAGUCCCUUCAUGUCUUUGCUGCUGUAUCAUUUUUGUAUUUAGGGCAAGUAGGAACAAACUUGUUUUAAUUGUUCAUUUGGUUGAA